GACGCCUGGAUAGGAGCAGGCUGACGUUGAUCUUUCUGCUUCGGUGAACAAGGCCAUUGCCACGUCAUUAUCCCCAUUCUUCCCAAAAGAAGCACCCAGCCUUCUUCUCUGUACCUGCAAGCUCCAACCCAAAUUCCUGAACUAUCUACUGCCACCCAAAUCGCUACUUUCUAUUAUCAUCCGCAAUAAUGUCAGGACUUUAUUCGGUUGUUUUCAAGUGGGCACCAGCAACAUACCAUGACAACGAGAUACUAUCUCGCAAUGUACUCUGUUUCAGCUCGAGAUACGACGCUGAUGAAUUUUACCGUCAAUUGCAAACUCUCAAGUACAAUAAUGCGCAGUUUAUGACCAGACUGUCUCGCAGUUCGCCUCAAUUCUGGACCUACGACUCAAAUCAUAACGGGGAUGCUGUAUAUUUCUUGUUCAAAUGGCAACUCAUGUCUAAUUUCAAGAACGUGGUUACUUUACUUAAUAAUUCGUCAUACCAAGCGUACAUGUACUCCUUGCCCAACCUUGUCACCGGCCCCGACUGGCUGAGUGGCGACACCUUCUUCAUCCGCAAUCGUCGACAGCCGAACCUUUACUGGUGGGUGCAUGACACGCACAUCCAUACCUCUGAGCAACGGCGGACCAAAUUCCGCAUCCAAAAGACGCCCGGUCACGAUGAUACUACUAUCGCGGGAAGUUGCAAGCCGGUUUUGAUCAGAAAAGACCACGUCCAUGUAGGUGUGGUAACAGAGACUGUUACGUCGUCGGCUGUCACGGGUGGAGCUCAGUUUGUUUCCAUCAGAGACACGAAGAACAAAAGUAACAGCCUCACUCUGGAUAAUAAGCCUUACCUCUGGAUAUUUGGAGAGCUGUUGCAACAAAAAGUUGGGGUCCGAUGGGGGGAUGAAAUCCCUGAGGAGAAGGGACAAAUGAAGCCCCUUCUAGUCUUCAUGCCAAAUGAUGGGGGUGAUGAAUGGGAGUUGUGCUAG